CUUCCAAUAUGGCGGACGCGAUGACGUAUUGCAGUAGCUCGCAAACUGCUGUUUCCGUUGCGCUUGACACGCACAUACCGAAUAAGCGCUUCUCCCUUCUGACUGCAAGUGCGGAGUAGAGCUAGAUUUUCCCUGAUAAAAGUGAGGAAUAUUGUGAAAGGAUUCUGAAAACACGAGUCUUAACCACUUCCACACUUACAGUGAAAAGCAGCCAGUCAGCAGAGACGGAGAGUGAAACAUGUCUGCAGAAAUGACAAAAGAUUCAGCCAAUGGAGUGAGUGUGGUGAACGGUGGAGGACUCGUAUACGAAGAUAAAGAGGAAAACGACAGUGCCAGACCUGAAGAUCUCUCUGAGCUGCUGGCUGCAGGAACCAAAGAAGUUCAUGAGCAAGCUGAAAACACCCAGUUUGUCAAAGAUUUCCUUCAUGGACGCAUACGCAAGGAGCUCUUUAAGCUCGGAGCCGUGGCACUCUACUACACCUAUACAGCCAUGGAGGAAGAGAUUGAGAAAACCAAGGAUCACCCACAAUUUGCACCUCUUUACUUCCCCAACGAGCUUCACAGGAGUGAGGCCUUGGCUCGUGAUCUCGAGUACUUCUACGGCGAGGACUGGCAGGGUCAGAUCAGCUGCUCUCCGGCCACUCAGCGCUACGUGGAGCGCAUUCAUGAAAUCGGUCGUGAAGACCCUGUGUUGCUGGUGUCUCACGCGUACACACGCUACAUGGGCGACCUGUCAGGUGGUCAGGUGUUGAAGAAAGUGGCCCAGCGUGCCCUCAAGCUGCCCCCUACAGGAGAGGGAGUCUUCUUCUACCAGUUCGACAACAUCCACAGCAACAAAGCGUUCAAGCAGCUGUACCGCAGCCGAAUGAAUGAGCUGGAGCUCGACACCAGCACCAAGGACAGGAUUGUUCAGGAGGCUGUGCGGGCUUUCCAGUUCAACAUGGAGGUUUUCCAAGAGCUGGAGGAAAUGGGGAAGACGAUUCAGGAAGAUGUUCUGGACGGAGGUCCUAUCCACGGUCACAUGCAAGGAGACAUCAGCAAAUGUCCUUACUAUGCUGCCAAAAUGGCUGCCAGUGGAGGAUCAGCAUAUGCUUAUCGAAUGGCUGCAGCACUCCUCAGAAACCCCACAGGCCAAGUGCUGUUAGCUGCGUGGAUCGCUGCUCUUGCCGGAUUGGUUGCCUGGUACCUCAUAUGAUCCAUUCGUGUGUCCAUGGAAUUGUAGAAGUGAAAUGUUGAUGGUGAUGUAGGAGCACCUUCCCCUUCCCAGUUUCCUAAUCUUAAGAGAAAUGCUAAAGUUGUUCUCAGAUGAGCAAGAAGGAGGAACGUCCACCACCAACCUCAGAACAGAAGGAUGAUGGUUUGGGUCUAAUGGACGAAUACAUGUUCUCUACAUCCUCCUUCUACCUGGGAAGUGUUGUGUCCCACUCGCCUUUCAGUUACUGAGUGAAAGUGUUUAGACUUUUACUCAGAUAUUUUCACAUGGCAGAUCUGUGCUGCUUAGCUUACUGUAUAUAGAUAACUAUUAAUACUCUUACCUGCUUUGUGGUGAUUCAAUUCAGUUCAGAAGUUGAAGUUCAUUUUUAAAUAACACAUUUAUGCCCUGGCCCAAAUGGCACACUUACAGUCCUCGUUUCUGUGUGCCGUGAGGUUCGUGAGGCUGUAGGGUGCCCGUUGCUUAUUUUGAAAAGCCUUUAGAAGGUGGCUCACGAGUGCUCUCUCUACAUCCUUUCGAUGGUCGUCCCCAUGACGUGCACACUGCAAUCCUAACACUCUUACUGGUCCAACUAGCGUCAGCUAGCUAGCCUUGCUUGCUCUCUAGAUCAAUUAUCAUCACUGGUAAAGAUUAAAUUAAGGGUGGUUUAACUCUGGUAAGCUUUGGAGGCAGAAAUUCUAGAGAAGAAGCGUCUUGGCUGUAUGCAUCCACAGUUAAAGCAGGACCACACAUCGCGUACUGGUGAAUAUACCAAUAUUAGCCAUGUUAUUUGUUGGUAGUUAUGUUGCAAAAUUGCAGUAUUGUCAGUGAAAUGUGACAUAUUGAAAUUUACAUUCAAUAUGUUGUAAAUCUGUAUUUUUCAAACGCUCUGCAGUGAUCACUGAAACACUCGUGGUAGCAGCUAGAAGAAUUACAUGUAAAUGCUGGUAAAAAAAACAUGUAAAAAAAAAAAAAAAAAGGGUGAAA